AUGUCCAAAUAUUCAUAUUUCAGUCUUAAAACGACAAGACAAGCAGACUGCAGUAGAAACAAUGCCCAGUUUCCAACCGACAGGACAUGUGAUGUUCCAGAUCGUCCAGGUCGUCCCGCGGUGUCCCAGGUGUCUGGGACGGAGGUGUUCCUCAUUUGGGACGCUCCCAAAUUUGACGGGAAUACGCAUAUCAUCGCUUAUAAAGUUGACUACAGACCUGAAGGAGAGGAGCGCUGGACGACGGCGUCGUACACCAUUGACGAGUGCGCCCUGGUCACAGAUUUGAGCCCGGAAACAGAAUACCGCUUCCGGGUAUCUUGUCUGAACAGAUUUGGGGUCAGCCCGUACAGCUGGUCAUCGCAGGAAGUGACCACGAAGUCGGCAGGUGAAGCGCCUCUGAGUAGAGAGAAAAUGCGUCAGUGCAAGAAGAUUGACAUUCAGGCUGAUGCUGACCUGUCCCCUGAGCUGCGUGACUUCGAGUCUGCCCGGGAGAGAGGAGAGGUGCCCCUGAUUGAACGGAACCCAGCUGAGGACUACGAGUUUGCUGGGGAAUUAUGGAGAGGCAAUUUCUCCGUGGUUCGAAGCUGCGGCAGGAAAGACAUGCCGGCGACUCUUGCCGCCAAAAUAAUUGCUUACACACCAAGCAACCGCAGCCAGGUUCUCCACGAGUUCGAAAUUCUGAAGACGCUGAAUCAGGAGCGAAUUGUGAGACUCCACGAAGCCUUCACCACGCCCGACCAUCUCAUCCUAAUCAUGGACAGGCUGUACGGAGAAAAUAUCCUGCAGUUCCUGAGCUACAAGAAUAAGUAUACAGAGGAGACCGUGGCUAAAGUCAUGAGACAGGUUAUCGAUGCUGUGCAAUACCUCCACCAUCAAGGCGUCGUGCAUUUGAACAUACAGCCAGACAACGUGAUGAUGGCGAGCAGACGUCGACUUGACGUCAGGCUCGGUGAUUUUGGGUGCGCGCGCAUCAUAACUGACCCCAUGGGAGAAAAGAUGACACAAGUUGGAGCGCCAGAGUUCAUGAGUCCAGAAAUGGCAUGUGGAGAAAAGGUCGGAUUCCCGUCUGACGUCUGGCAAGUUGGCGUAUUGGCGUUUAUUCUCCUAAGUGGAGAGUCUCCAUUCCUCGGAGAAAACGACGAAAAAACGCUAGAGAAUACGAGGUCUGUACGUUACGAUUCUCACAGCCUCUACGAGAAUAUCACUAAGGAUGCCUUCAAGUAUAUACAAGAGACUUUAAAGCGAGAGCCAAGUCACCGCCUGACAGCAGACGAGCUGCACGAGCAUCCGUGGCUACAACUGACCGAAGCCAUGGUCAAGAAGCGAGAAGCUGCACGUUUCGUCACCAACAAACUUCGACAGUUCGCAGAUGAAUAUGGAAAGAGACGCCAGGCUGACGCCACCAAGUCUGAGAAACUUAUCAACGCUUUCGGCCCGCCGGCUGGUGCUGCUGCGGUGGACUCAGACUCCGAUGGGGAAUUCACCCCAAAGUCCCCCAUAGCUGUCAGGAAGACGAGUGAUCAGACACAAAGACAGAGACACACCGAGAAACAGCUAGUGCUCCCCGAACCCAAGGGUGACAGCGACAGUGGAAUAACCACUCAAGAUUCCGAUACAAGUUCUGUCGACGGACGUCCCAUACCAAAAAUGACUAAAAGACACAGAUAAAAAGGAGGAAGUGCUGUUCAAGAACUGUAAAUAGCUGACCGCUUUCAAAUAGGACUGCACCCGAAAACCAAACUCAGCUCUAGAUCACGUGGUCUCAACAAUAUUACAUCACGAAUUUAAUAUAUUAGAGCUGGGAAAGUUAAACUAAAUCUAUCCAGGACUUAAAUUAUAACUGGAUCUGCCUGGGUUUGUCUUACAUGAAGCAUUUGAACUAUUGCAAUUGUUUUUGGAGUGGUUUGAUGAUUUUUGAAUGAUCUUGUAUUGGCUACAUACGUUUGAAGUGCAAUAAAUUUUGACGAGGCAUUCAUUAGACGUGCAAUAAGUGUUGUAAAACUUAUCUCUCUUUUUUUUUUAAUAUAGAAACGUCUAGCUUCUAAAUUAAAUUUUUGUGUCUGUACUCUUUUGAAUUGUGCUUUGAUUGAUUUUUUUUAAUUUUGUGAUAUUCAACUUUUCUGUUCGUAUUACAUGUAGUAACUUGUAGAUGAAAAUUAGGGAUCAUAUUACGUAUAUUAGUUACUUUUUUGAUAAAUGAUAAAUCAGCAUAGCGUGUAGAUUUUUUGGAUGCACUCUCAUAUCAUAAACAAAAAUUAAUUGACAUGCAUGUUACUUUGGCGUCCUUUUGCAGAGAGACCAUGUAUUAAGCCACCAGCUAUUUAGUUAACCUGUUCGAUAACUAUAUAGCUUGUGUGCCAAGAAGUCCAGCCUGUAGAAUAAUAAAGCUUCCAGUCCC